UCGUGUGGUUGGAUAGUAGGUUAGUUGAUUAGCCGAACGAAUCCGUAACUGGCCGAGAAUUGCCGAAUCAUCUGUCCUGCCCGGACUGCUGGAAGCGGCCGCAACGCCAUGUUGGCGAAGUCUCUCAUCUCUGUGAGAAAAAAAAUGAUAGAAAACAUACUUGUCGAGAAGAAAAGGUGAAUCGCCGAGGGAGGUUGAAGAUCGUGGCGAUUAUUUAUUUUGAAAGAAACGAACCGAGCCGGAUCCGCAGAGGUUCCGGACGGGCGAGGGAGGCUAAACCUCCCACCGUCCCCAUGAAUAGCACCGCUGAUCCGAACAGCGACUUUCCAUGAAAAAAAAAGACAUUUGUGUUGCUAUUCGAGCUUCGUUAUCCCAGUUCGUUAAAGGGAUCUGGGGCCUGCUUCAAGAAUCUGCUACGCUUGCUCUAUGCAUGCAAGCUAGGCGUUGUUUGUAUCAGUAUUUAUUAAGGUAUUGUUUUUAUUUGUUGAUUUUUUUGCGAUGAGUUUGCCACCGAAAGUGGUCCCCAAACCCGCCGCUGUCGCAGUUAGCGGACCUGGAAGUGGACCCUCUCCGUCGAGCCAACUGCGGGCUACCCUGACCUCCGUGUCUCUGCCGCCGGGAGCCCCGACAGCUCCUCAGCCUGGCGCUGUACCACCACCUCAAAUCCCACGGGGUCAGCCAUCACUGGACGACCGAAUCUUCCCCACACAGCCUGGAGUCGCUGCAGUCUACAGCGUAUCCAGGCCUGCUGGCCCUCCUUUCACUGCUCACGACAUCACAAAGGGACACCCAAGCUUGGCGGGCACCCCGCCCGGUCAUGCCCACUCCCCGGCGCUCUCUCAGGUAUCAGUACCCACAGCUUCUCCAUAUCGCUACCCUAAGGGCUGGGAGGCAGGCGGAGGGUCUCCGUACAACCCUGGACAAAAUGCUGGUUCUGCCCCUCUAGUGUAUUCUCCCCAGACACAGCCAAUGAAUGCACAGCCACAAAGUCGCCCGUUUGCUACGGGCCCACGACCAACCCACCAUCAGGGAGGAUUCAGGCCCAUCCAGUUUUUCCAGAGGACUCAGAUGCAGACUGCGAGGCCCACCAUCCCUACAAACACACCCUCCAUACGGCCUGGAUCACAGACUCCCACAGCGGCUGUCUACCCCACUAACCAACCAAUCAUGAUGACCAUGGCACCCAUGCCUUUCCAUUCUCCACAGGCUGCACAGUACUACAUCCCACAGUAUCGCCACAGUACACCCUACGUGGGACCUCCUCAGCAGUAUUCUGUACAGCCUCCAGGGUCUGGCACCUUCUAUCCUGGUCCAGGGCCAGGGGAGUACCCUGCCCCAUAUCAUCCCCUCAGGUACCACCCACCUGUCUCACCCUCGGUUCCUGCUCCCGUUCCCACAGCUGGUCCACCCUACUACCCAGGACAGACUGUGUACCCCACCUCAACCCCCAUCAUAGUGCCUACACCACAGCAACCUCCACCAGCCAAGCGUGAGAAGAAAACAAUCCGUAUCCGUGACCCCAAUCAGGGUGGCAGGGAUAUCACAGAGGAGAUCAUGGCAGGGAGUUCAGGGAGCAGGAAUUCAACGCCUCCUGUCGGUCGCCCCUCCUCUACCCCUACGCCCCCACAGUUUUUAUGGCCGCACCCUCAUUAUCCUCACAUUUUCUACCUCAAAUCGCAGCCGCUGAGCAGCAGACAGACUCCAGAGCAGCAACAGCAACAACAGCCGCAACAGCAGCAGCCGCAGCAGCAGUCGCAGCCUCCUCAGCCACAGCAGGCCCAUCCUGGAGGCUACACGUUGGAGCCCCCACAGCCCCCACAGCCACCACAGCCCCAACAGCCCCAACAGCCACAGCAGCCACAGCAGCCACUGACAACUGGGGCUUCAGACACCAAACCAGGGCCAGAUGAUACGCCAAAACUGGAGCCAGUUGUCCAGAAGUCUUCCUCACCUGGGCUUGCGCAGCCUGAAGCCCCUGUGGAGAGACUUGAGGCCAACGCUCCUGUAACUGAGCCCUCUUCUACUGUUGAACCAGAGCUUCCCUUCCCUGUCUUAAUGACUGCCCCCGCCACUCUCCCACUUUCAGUGGCCAACAAAAGUGAGCGUCCCGCAGCCAGGGAGUCCACUGCUUCAGCCUCCUCUCCCUCCCCCUCGGUCGGGGAGCACAAACCCCCUGUGGCGCAACCUCAGACUCCCAACACAGACAAGCCUCUUUCAGACGCCCCACGAACUCUGGCUGCCUCGCCAGCACCGACUCCCAAGGCUUUGAAUGGCCUUGCAGACUCCGGGAUCGAGCUUGACGCCCCGGCUCACGAGCCUUCUCUUCUGUCCACAGCUGCACUCCAGCCCCAGGCCUCUGCUCCUGCUUACAGAGAUGCCUCCUCCACUGAAACUUUGCCCUCUGACAUGAGGCCAGAGGUGCCCAUUGCUGCUGCGCUCGCCCCUAUGGCACCUGUGGCUGUGGUGCCAGUCACCCUGACCUCAAGCCCCGCCCCAGCUUUGCCAGUUAUGCUCCCGCCUGGCCUUCCGCCUCUAGUGCAGGCCACAAUAGAGGCCGAUGAGCCUAGCAAGCCCUUAGACACUAAAGACCUCGUCCCCAGAGUGGGGACAGAGGCACACGGAGGCAUUACUGACAGCAAAACAGAGUCCCAGCAACAAGCACUCACCAGGAAGAGUCCCACUACAGUUUUUCCAGAGGACGCAGAUGCAGACUGCGAGGCCCACCAUCCCUACAAACACAACCCUCCAUACGGCCUGGCUGGCACAGUACUACAUCCCACAGAACUUUUGGCCUAUGCUCCUACGUACUACACGAGCCCCAUCUUAGAGACUAUCGGCUCCCCAAAACAACAGGAGUUGCACAAUGCUCAAAGAUCCUGGAGUUACCGUGCGUACCCCACAUAUCCCACAUUACACCCCUACGUGGGACCUCCUCAGCAGUAUUUGUACAGCCUCCAGGGUCUGGCACCUUCUAUCCUGGUCCAGGGCAGGGGAUACCCUGCCCCAAUCAUCCCCUCAGGUACCACCCACCUGUCUCACCCUCGGUUCCUGCUCCCGUUCCCACAGCUGGUCCACCCUACUACCCAGGACAGACUGUGUACCCCACUCAACCCCCAUCAUAGUGCCUACACCACAGCAACCUCCACCAGCCCAAGCGGUGGCAGGGAUAUCACAGAGGAGAUCAUGGCAGGGGUUCAGGGACAGGAAUUCAACGCCUCCUGUCGGUCGCCCCUCCUCUACCCCUACGCCCCACAGAUGAUACGCCAAAAACUGGAGCCAGUUGUCCAGAAGUCUUCCUCACACUGGCUUGCGCAGCCUGAAGCCCCUGUGGAGAGACUUGAGGCCAACGCUCCUUGGCCAACAAAAGUGAGCUCCGCAGCCAGGAUCCACUGCUUCAGCCUCCUCUCCCUCCCCCUCGGUCGGGAGCACAAACCCCCUGUGGCCAACCUCACUCCCAACACACAACCUCUUUCAACCCCCAAACUCUGGCUCCUCCAGCACCACUCCAAGGCUUUGAAUGGCCUUGCAGGCUCCGGGAUCGAGCUUGACGCCCCGGCAGAGGUGCCCAUUGCUGCUGCGCUCGCCCCUAUGGCACCUGUGGCUGUGGUGCCAGUCACCCUGACCUCAAGCCCCGCCCCAGCUUUGCCAGUUAUGCUCCCGCCUGGCCUUCCGCCUCUAGUGCAGGCCACAAUAGAGGCCGAUGAGCCGAGCAAGCCCUUAGACACUAAAAACCUCGUCCCCAGAGUGGGGACAGAGGCACACGGAGGCAUUACUGACAGCAAAACAGAGUCCCAGCAACAAGCACUCACCAGGAAGAGUCCCACUACAGUAAAUCAGACUGCUUCUGCUAUACCAAAGACCUGGAGGAAACCAAAUGAAGGGAUCUCUGCUGGAGACACACCUCAAAAGGAGGACGAGGACGAGCCCAGGCCAGUGGUGGAUCAGCCUGCUGGAGACCAGACCCCGCAGUCAGUUUCUCUCAGCAGCAGCCCGGUGCCCUUACUACCGCCAGUCUUCACCUCCACCCCUGCUCCAGCUCUCGCUGGCAGCCCAGAGGCUGAUGGAAAGCCUGUCAUCCCAGAGGAGAACGGUGAGAUGGAGCCCAUGAGGAACGGGGCAGGCCACACCUCGGAGACAGAGAGCAGCGACAGUGGGGCCACCCACGGAGACAAGGAGAACUCCACCGGUGCACCGCAGGACAUGGAAGACCUGGCUGAUUCCAGUGGGAAGCGUCAGUAUGACAGGGACUUCCUGUUGGGCUUCCAGUUCAUGCCCGCCUGCAUACAGAAGCCUGAGGGGCUCCCACCCAUCAGUGAUGUGGUGUUGGACAAGAUGAACCAAAACAAGUUGCCAUCUCGAGUGGUUGAUUCCAGAGCGAUUUCCAGAGGACCUGAUUUCACACCUGCUUUCGCAGAUUUUGGCAGGCAGAUGACUGGAGGACGAGGCGCUGCACUCAUGAACACUGGGCAACGGCGGCCUCCACCUAGGAAGAUUAUCAUGAACGUGUCGGUGAAUGAUGAGAUUCAGCUGAAAAAAUCUGAGAACGCCUGGAAACCUGGCAUGAAGAGGGAAGGCCAUGUAGACGAUCCCGAGAUACAAAAAACACAGGAGCUCUUCAGGAAGGUACGCAGCAUCCUGAACAAGCUGACUCCUCAGAAGUUCAACCAGCUGAUGAAGCAGGUGACGGACCUGACCAUCGAUACAGAAGAGAGGCUCAAAGGGGUCAUCGAUCUGGUCUUCGAGAAGGCCAUCGACGAGCCCAGCUUCUCCGUGGCCUACGGAAACAUGUGCCGCUGCCUCGCCACGCUCAAAGUGCCCAUGACAGACAAACCUAACACCACAGUGAACUUUCGCAAGCUGCUGCUAAACCGCUGCCAGAAAGAGUUCGAGAAAGACAAGGUGGACGAUGUGGUGUUCGAGAGGAAGCAGAAAGAGCUGGACUCUGCUGCAUCGGCGACGGAGCGUGAGAGGCUUCAGGAAGAGCUGGAGGACGCCAAGGACAAGGCCCGGCGGCGUUCCAUUGGCAACAUCAAGUUCAUUGGCGAGCUCUUCAAGCUCAAGAUGUUGACGGAGGCCAUCAUGCAUGACUGUGUUGUGAAGCUGCUGAAGAACCACGACGAGGAGUCUUUGGAGUGCCUGUGCAGGCUGCUCACCACCAUUGGCAAGGACCUCGACUUUGAGAAAGCCAAGCCUCGGAUGGAUCAGUAUUUCAAUCAGAUGGAAAAAAUCGUCAAGGAAAGGAAGACGUCAUCUCGGAUACGGUUUAUGUUACAGGACAUUAUCGACCUGAGAUUGCACAACUGGGUGUCCAGGAGAGCCGACCAGGGCCCAAAAACCAUCGAGCAGAUCCACAAGGAGGCGAAGAUUGAAGAGCAGGAGGAGCAGAGAAAAGUGCACCAGCAGCUGCUCUCCAAGGACAGCAAGAGACGGCCAGAUGCAAGGGAUCAAAGAGAUCAGAGAGAUCAGCGUGUGCAGAGAGAAGAGACCUGGAACACUGUGCCCAUGACCAAGAACAGCAGGACCAUCGACCCCACUAAGAUCCCAAAGAUCUCCAAGCCUCAAAUGGAUGAGAAGAUCCAGUUGGGCCCCCGGGCUCAAGUCACGUGGGUGAAAGGCAGCAGCGGAGGAGCCAAGGCCAGUGACUCAGAAUUAUCAAGAACAGCCGGCCUGAAUCGUUACUCUGCGCUGCAGUCUACGCCUUCACCUCAACCCUCCACCACUCCCCCACAGAACCCAGAAUUUGACUCAAGGAGAACUCUGGCAAGUCGUAGCAGUACAGGGAGGGAACGCAGCGAGAAGCCAUUGAUCUCCGCCCCUCCAUCGUCACGGCCCGGGCCAUUCAUCAGAGGAAGCAGUUCGAAGGAGCUGCUGGAGGGUCCGAUUCCAGAUGAGCCAAGAAGAGACCGGGAGCGAGAGGGAGCCGAGCCCCGGCGACAGAGUGUCACCGAGGACAAAACAGAGCUAGAACGCAGCAGAGUCAGGGAGCCUGUGAAACCUGAGCCAGUGGUCGAGACCCCAGACAGACCUGCUCGAUCUGAGGAGGAGAUAGAGAGGAAGUCAAAGUCUAUCAUCGACGAGUUCCUGCACAUAAAUGACUACAAGGAGGCCAUUCAGUGCGUGGACGAGCUCGAGUUGGGCUCUCAGCUGAACAUCUUUGUGCGCGUCGGGGUGGAGUCGACUCUGGAGCGCAGUCAGAUAACACGGGACCACAUGGGCCAGCUCCUUUUCCAGCUGGUGCAGCAGGGACUCCUGCCCAAGCCCCAGUUCUACAAAGGCUUUGCAGACACGCUGGAGCAAGCAGACGACAUGGCCAUCGACAUUCCCCACAUCUGGCUGUAUCUGGCCGAGCUGCUCAGCCCUGUACUGAGGGAAGGGGGCUUCUCUAUGAGAGAGCUCUUUAGUGAAUUAAGCAAACCUUUGCUUCCUGUGGGAAGAGCCGGGAUCUUAAUUUCUGAAAUACUGCACAUACUAUGCAAACAAAUGAGCCAUAGGACUUUGAGUUCUUUGUGGAGGGAAUCUGGCCUCAACUGGACCGACUUCCUGCCCGAGGGAGAGGAUGUCCAGGCUUUCAUCUCACAACAGAAACUCCAGUUCGUCCUGUCGGACGGCUCCAGCCCUGAGGUAGCUCUGUCUAAAAGGAUCUUGUCUCCUGAGGAGCUGAGCCAGCAGCUGGAGAAACUCCUCCUGGAGGACAUGGCCAGUGAUGAGCAGAUCUUUGACUGGGUAGAGGCAAACCUAGAUGAAUCUCAGAUGAGCUCGUCUCCCUUCCUGAGGGCUUUGAUGACAGCUGUGUGUAAGGCAGCAGUGAAAGAUGACAACACCAACUGUCGAGUGGACAAGGCCAUCAUCCAGAGGAGAUUGCCUGUAUUACUCAAGUACCUUAACUCAGACACUGAGCGACAGCUGCAAGCACUUUAUGCACUUCAGGCGCUGAUCGUCGCCCUCGAUCAGCCUCCGAACCUCCUCCGGAUGUUCUUUGACUGUCUGUAUGAUGAGGACGUCAUCUCGGAGGACGCUUUCUAUAAGUGGGAGAUGAGCAAAGACCCUGCCGAGCAGCAUGGUAAGGGUGUGGCCCUCAAGUCUGUUACGGCCUUCUUCACCUGGCUGCGGGAGGCGGAGGAGGAGUCGGAAGAUAAUUGAUGAGGGAGACACCCGGGGACAUGACGUAGUAGAACUGCAUCCUUACAGCAGAACAAACAUUCAAAAUGGGUGUAUGGGCAGGACGACAUGUUUACGGCUGGAAUUUUUUUCUGCGGUACGGUUCUGAAACAUGCCGCCAUUUUGAGUUUGGAUUCCAACGGCGGAAGCACUAAAUACCUGUAUUAUACAUAGAAAAUAUUUUUGUUUUAAAUUUUAACUUACUUUUCUUUUGUUACUUUUUAAGAAGAGACUUAAAAGAUACAUAGGUUCCGGACUCUUUAAUUUAUUAUUUUUUUAAGGACUGCAAAUAUGAAAGUUAUUUAACAUUUGCAGAUGCUCACAAAUGAGAACAUGACAACAGAAAUAACAAUAUAAUUAAUUAUAAUAACAAAAUAAUAAUUGUGAAAUAAUGGCCUCCCUGGAUUCCACACUGUUUGGUUUAAAACAGGGUAAAACAAAAUUAUUUUGGGAUGAAGGGGAAGCAGAGAUAAAAAAAAAAUAAAUAAAAAAAAAAGAGGAGUGGAUGCACAGAAGUUAUUAACGUUGUCCGUGUAUGACGUUUGAGGUCAAAGGUUAUCUCCUAAAUAACCAGGAAGUGUUUCCCUCAGCCUUGGCUUGCUCUACGUUGAUAUGUACAUACACCUCAUGAAGAGGUAGAGGUAUGCAUUCAAGAAGCGAUGCAAGUCAGUCCACAGAACUGGCAAAACAAACGCAGACGAACAAACCGGUUACAUUCGAAUGAAACGAGCAAAAAUGCAACUUUAAAAAGCAAAUGGCCAGGUUCGCUGAACAUGAAAUGCUUGUAAUACUUCAGACCUACAGAGCAGAUUAAAGCUUGUAAAUACAUUAAAGACAAAAAAGGUAUUUAAAAAAAA